AAAAAGCAAUAACAUAAUAUGGCUGACAAAGUUGAGACAGAAUUGUCUUAAACUUUUAAAUAAAUAAAAUAGUAAGAAAUACGUCGUUCCUUGUAUGUUUUUUGAGUGAAAAAUGUCAGUAGAAAUCUGGAAAAUUGAAAAAAAUUUAUGUCGCUGCUGCCACUCGGACGGUGCUUUCGAUAAUUUAGCUGAACCUAAACAAAAUUUGGAUCAAGAGGAAAUAUAUUCUAAUAUGUUAAAGGAAUGUUUUAAUAUUGAAAUCAUCCCAGUGCCGGGGGAGUUGUGUACGGCUACAUACACGAUAUGCAAAGCGUGCAUCUCGCGACUGCAAGACGCCUCGAGCUUCAAGAAACAGGUCUUGGACUGCGAAGGGAGAUUCAUGGACUUGUACCUAAACAACACUAUCAAAGUAACAAAUCAUGAGAAGGAAUCCUUAAUCAAGGAAGAAGAUAUUGACUCGGAGGCAGAAUUCAAAGACGGCUUCAUCAGUUUGGACGAUGGCCACGAUGAAGACUAUGACAUCAAACAAGAUGAAGCCAUGACAAGUGAAAAGGAAACAAAACCUAAGUUAAAAAGGAAAUUUAUUUCUCUACAACAAAAAAUUGAUAUUUUGGAUCAGCUAAAUAAUGGCAAGAAAUUAACAGCAAUAGCAAAGGAUCUGGAGCUAAACGAGUCGUCAAUACGAACAGUUAAACAAAAUGAAAGUAAAAUUAGGAGUGCUGUGAUGUCUAGAUCGUUGCAGACCUUAAGUAAGUCUUCACGUGUGAAAGAUUCGCUAAUACCAAAAACAGAAAAAUGUUUGAUGAUUUGGAUAGAAGAUUGCAAUCGAAAUAAUAUUCCUAUAAAUAGUUCUUUAAUAAAAGCAAAAGCCCAAAAAAUUUUUACUCAUUUAAAAGAAUUGGAAACUGUUUCCUCCGACGAGCCGAAAUCAAAAUUUGUCAGUAGUAAUGGCUGGUUUGAAAGGUUUCGAAAAAGGUUUUCCUUGCAUAACAUUCAGACUCAAGGAGAGCGCGCUUCAGCUGAUCAUGAAAGUGCUCGGAAAUUUAAAGAAGAACUUCCGAAGAUAAUUGAUGAAGGCGGAUAUACAGCUGACCAAGUGUAUAAUGCCCACGAAACUGGCUUAUAUUGGAAGAGAAUGCCUAAGCGAACAUAUUUAUCGGAAAACGAGAGAUAUGCUGGUGGGUUUAAGGCCUCUAAGGAGAGAAUAACCUUGCUUGUUUGUAGUAAUGCAUCUGGCGACCAUAUAACAAAGCCGAUGUUGAUCAAUCGUUUCUUAAGUCCACGGGCAAUGAAAGGCAUUGACAAGACUACACUUCCCGUUCACUGGAGAGCAAACGAAAGUGCAUGGGUCACAGCUGCUAUAUUUCACGACUGGUUUUACAACUGCUUUGUACCAGAGGUCGAAAACUACUCGAAAACUAAAAAUGUCAGUUCCAAGGCUUUACUCCUGAUAGACGAUGCUCCACAACAUCCAGUAGAUCUCGUUCAUCCGAACGUAAAAGUACUUUUUUUACCGCCCAAUACAACAUCAAUACUACAACCCCUUGACCAGGGUAUUAUGAAAACAAUUAAAUCUCAUUAUAUACGGAGAACACUUGAACUUAUAUCGGAAAAAUUUGAAUGCAAACCAGAUAUGAAACUAGCUGAGAUGUGGAAAGAUAUCUCAAUUUUAAAAUGUGUAGAAUUAAUAUUUCUAUCUGUUCGAGAGUUAAAGUCUUCGACAUUAAACGCCUGUUGGAAAAAUGUUUGGCCUGAAGUCGUUUUGCAAGAAAAUUUGUCAGAUUCUACAAGUAUAAAUAUCGAACCUAUAGUAAAUAUUGCUAGAUCAGUGGGCGGAGAAGGAUUCGACGACAUGAACGAACGAGAUAUUUAUGAAUUAAUAAACGACGCUGCGGAUCUAGAUGAGGAAGAGCUUGUACAGUUAGCUGAUACAUCUGACGCGAAUGUGACAAAUAGUGCUGAAGAGAGCUCCAUGCAGAUUGUGGACGAAGGAGACGAACAAUGAUGUACAGGAAACCAGGAUGAAAUAGUGAACCUAGGAAAGCAAUUGGAGAUACUUGUUGCGAAUCGUGGUUCUUCAGGGGAACGAUGUACUGAAUUUAAAGUAAAUCCUCAAUACUGUCUUGCACCACAUGUAAGAAUGCAGAAAAAACAUAAAAUAGAAAACGAAGAAUCGUUAGAUAGUGAAAUUUUAUUUAAUACAGACGAACAAGAAAACAUGCUCUUAAGUAAAGAAUAUAAGAAAAAUUCGAAAGGUGAGACCUUUGAACGUUCCGUUAAAAAAAGAUGUCGGUGGAACGUUACUUCAGAUAGCUCCGACAGCGGAUAAAUAUGUAACAAAACUGUUUUUGGAACUAUUUGAUUUAUUGGAAAUUACCUGUUUUUUAGUUACAUAUGUAUAAGUUUUUUAUUGAAAAUGUUCUUGGUUUGAUUUUAAUAAAACGCAUAUAUUUCGUUCAUAA